AUGGGUCUUGGGAGGGUCUGUGACUCAGACACGAGGCUGGACCCUAUGGCACUGCUGGAGUUGGUGCAGGUGCUGGACAGUGAUCCCCGGGUAGGGGCUGUUGGCGGGGAUGUGCGGAUCCUCAAUCCUCUGGAUUCCUGGGUCAGCUUCUUAAGCAGCCUGCGGUACUGGGUGGCCUUCAAUGUGGAGCGGGCUUGUCAGAGCUACUUCCACUGCGUGUCCUGCAUCAGUGGACCCCUCGGUCUAUACAGGAACCACCUCCUGCAGCAGUUUCUUGAGGCCUGGUACAAUCAGAAGUUCCUGGGCACCCACUGCACUUUCGGGGAUGACCGGCACCUCACCAACCGCAUGCUCAGCAUGGGCUAUGCCACCAAGUACACCCCCAGGUCGCGCUGCUACUCGGAGACGCCGGCGGCCUUCCUGCGCUGGCUGAGCCAGCAGACGCGCUGGUCCAAGUCCUACUUCCGCGAGUGGCUGUACAACGCGCUGUGGUGGCACCGGCACCACGCGUGGAUGACCUACGAGGCGGUGGUCUCGGGGCUCUUCCCCUUCUUCGUGGCGGCCACGGUGCUGCGGCUGUUCUACGCGGGGCGCCCGUGGGCGCUGCUGUGGGUGCUGCUGUGCGUGCAGGGCGUGGCGCUGGCCAAGGCGGCCUUCGCGGCCUGGCUGCGGGGCUGCGCCCGCAUGCUGCUGCUCUCGCUCUACGCGCCGCUCUACAUGGGCGGCCUGCUGCCCGCCAAGUUCCUGGCGCUGGCCACCAUGAACCAGAGCGGCUGGGGCACCUCGGGCCGCAGGAAGCUGGCCGCCAACUACGUGCCGGUGCUGCCGCUGGCCCUCUGGGCCCUGCUGCUGCUGGGCGGCCUGGCCACCUUCCCUCACUACUGA